AUGGAAACUAAGAGUGUGACUCAAGAUGUUUUUUCGAUGGCAAACGAUGAAGCAGAAAAUAGGACAUUUCGAAAUGCGGAUGAGCUACGGUUAGCACAGAUGGGGCACAAGCAGGAGUUGAAGCGUCACUUUUCGGUAUGGAGCUUGAUUGGUCUCGCUGCCAAUUGUACAAUUUCUUGGACCGGGCUUGGACUCGGUCUAAUCACUGCAAUUGAUGCUGGCGGUCCUGGGCCAUUGAUUUACGGAUUCAUUCUUGUCUUCGUCCUUCAAGCCUUCCUUGCAACAUCAUUGGCAGAAUUCGUAUCUGCAUAUCCUGUCGAGGGUGGAAUGUACCACUGGAUCGCAGCUAUCGCACCAAAACGCUACAAUAGCAUCUUGAGUUUCGCAACUGGUUGGAGCACGGUAUUUGGGUGGAUAUUCACAACUGCAUCCACGAACCUGAUAUAUGCGACAAACUUCAUGUCUCUUAUAGCAUUGUACGAAACAGAUCUCGUCAUACAACCAUGGAUGACGUUCGUCGCGUAUCAAGGACUGAAUAUCCUCACGUCAAGCAUUGUCAUGUUCGGAAAUCGAUUCAUUCCGUUAAUCAAUAAGUUCUCUUUGUGCUACCUACAGCUAGCAUGGUUUGUUAUCAUGGUGACUGUUGCUGCGUCGGCUCCAACUCACAAUGACACCGAGUUCGUCUUCAAGACUUGGAUAAAUAACACAGGAUGGGAGAAUAACGUGAUCUGCUUCAUCACGGGGCUCGUCAAUCCGUUAUACUCUCUAGGAGGCCUGGAUGGAAUUACGCAUGUGACCGAGGAAAUACCAAAUCCCGGGCGAAACGCACCAAUUGCACUUGCCUCGUCAAUCUCCAUAGCAUUCAUAACCGGUCUGUCCUACCUCCUCAGUCUUAUGUUCUCCGUGCAAGACUAUAAGAGCCUCGCAAACUCUCCAACAGGACUGCCUUUAGCCGAAAUCUUUCGCCAGGCAACUCAAAGUCGUAGUGGAACGUUUGCAUUGGUAUUCCUGCUCUGGAUUGCAUUAGGACCGUGUAUGAUUGGGUCGCAGCUCAGUACAGGAAGGGUCUUCUGGGCCUUUGCUCGGGAUAGAGGGCUUCCAUUCUCCGAAAUCUGGGCCAAAGUAAACCCCAAAUUCGGCUCCCCAUUCAACUCCCAACUAGCAGUAACCACCAUAAUGGCCCUAUUAGGCUGCAUCUACCUCGGAUCAAGCACAGCCUUCAACGCCAUGAUGAGUUCCGCAGUAACAAUAAACAACAUCGCCUACCUCAUCCCAAUCCUAACAAAUGUCCUCCGUUGUCGGAAGACGAUGCACCGCGGACCGUUUUCCCUUCCGUAUAUAGUCGGGAUGGCGGUGAAUAUCGUUACCGUUGCGUGGUUGGUGUUUGCGAUUGUUUUUUUUUCGUUUCCGUAUUAUAUGCCUGUUACUGCGUCGAAUAUGAACUAUACCUGCGCUUGCGUUGGAGGGUUUCUGGUGAUUGAGGUUGUGUGGUGGAUUGUGGCUGGAAAAGAGUAUUCGAGGAGUAUGCAAAAGGCGAGAGAGGAGCGGGACCAGGCUCCGUAUGUAGCUGCAAUGGCCAGAAAGGGCGAGGAGUAA